UCUGCGCCGUGGAUCCUUCCGGGCCGGGUGUCGAGGACGGCGCUUCCUUGAGCGCUGGGACAGGCCCAGGCCGCCACAAGGGCCUGCGUGCCCCGUCGCUCGGUCUCCUCCGCGUCCUGCACCUACUUGAGCUCACGCUCGCCCUGCCCAGCUCCCGAGUUUUGUUCCCGCUUUUUCCAGUCUAAUUAGUCUUUUAGCACAGGUGUUUCCAGUGGCCUUGGGACUCUGACUCUUAGAACUGUACCUAUUCUAUCAUCUAGUCAUGGGACCCUGGAACCUGGGGUUCCCGCAGAGCUGCCGUUAGGGCUCCAGGUCCCUGACUUCUGUUACUCCACUCCAGGUUAAAACUCUCUUUCCUGUCUCCUCAAACUCAUUACUGCCCAAGUGCCAUGGCCCCCAAGCCCGGGAGUGAGUGGAGCACAGUCCUGUCCCACCUGGUGCUGGGAAUGGUGUCUCUUCAUGGAGCGGUGAGUUCUGCGCAGUCAAGUCGAGGGGCUGCUGCAGGUUUCCUGCUCCAGGCUUUGGCUGCUGCCUCCAUGCUGGUUCCAGGGCUGGGCACACAUGAAGAUUGUCUCGCUGGAGCCUGGGUGACCACAGUCAUCGGCCUGCCCCUUCUGGCUUUCGACUUCCACUGGUGUACUAAUGGUCACUUGAUGUGCGCUGGCUGUUUUAUCCACCUACUAGCAGAUGCCCGGCUGAAGGAGGAGCAGGCCACAUGCCCCAACUGUCGUUGUGAGAUCAGUAAGAGCCUCUGCUGCCGGAACCUGGCUGUGGAGAAAGCCGUGAGCGAGCUGCCCUCAGAAUGUGGCUUUUGCCUGCGCCAGUUUCCUCGUUCCAUCCUGGAGAGGCACCAGAAAGAGGAAUGCCAGGACAGGGUGACCCAGUGCAAAUAUAAGCGCAUCGGCUGCCCAUGGCAUGGCCCUUUCCAUGAGCUGACAGUGCAUGAAGCUGCAUGUGCCCACCCCACCAAGACGGGCAAUGAGUUGAUGGAGAUCCUAGAUGAGAUGGACCAGAGCCACCGCAAGGAAAUGCAACUCUACAAUAGCAUCUUCAGCCUGCUCAGCUUUGAGAAGAUUGGCUACACAGAAGUCCAGUUCCGACCAUACCGCACAGAUGACUUCAUCACACGCCUGUACUAUGAAACACCGCGGUUCACAGUGCUGAACCAGACAUGGGUCCUGAAGGCUCGUGUGAAUGACUCAGAGCGCAACCCCAACCUGUCUUGCAAGCGCACACUUUCCUUCCAGCUCCUCCUCAAGAGCAAGGUCACAGCACCCCUGGAGUGCUCCUUCCUGCUGCUCAAGGGCCCGUAUGAUGAUGUGCGGAUCAGUCCUGUCAUCUACCACUUUGUCUUCACCAACGAGAGCAAUGAGACGGACUAUGUGCCUCUUCCCAUCAUCGACUCUGUGGAGUGCAACAAGCUGCUGGCUGCCAAGAACAUCAACCUGCGGCUCUUCCUCUUCCAGAUACAGAAGUAGGAUGGGCCCAGGAUGCCCAAGGAGCUGAGGGCCAAGGCUGGCGCCGCCAUCCCAUCCACCCCUGGCUUGGCAGCGGCUUCACAUGACCAUCUGAUCAUUUUAGCAAAAGAGAAGAACAGACAAAACCAAACACUGGGAAAGUCUGCAUGCGUGUGCCACAGGGUCCCUGCCUCCAGCUCCCCCUCUUCCCGGCCUCCCCCUCCUGAGGGUGGCUGGAGGCUGGGCUGACCGCAGAGGAGACAGUGCUUUGGGCUACCCAGGCUCAGGGAUGGGUGGUGAGGAGGGCAAGAACCAGCAGCCCUGCCCCUGCACCCAUCCUCACAGUGAGGCAGCACUGCCUGCUCUGGUCCCGGGCCGGGCUCAGGGGCCCUCGCUGACUUCAGACGGCAUAUUUGAUUGCAAUUAAAAGGCAGCCUUGUUUCCUACUUUCUGUUUUGUUGGAGGGGAAGGAGUGGCUGUGAAUGGACGGCGUGGGAGCUCUGGUAUGGCUUGGGGGUUACUGUUAUGGCACCUGUGUGUGCCCCCAAGAGAGACUUGGAGACAUUGCUUCUCCCACAGUCUGUCACAGGUCUCUGGACUGAGGCCUAGACAGGGACAGCCAUGAAGUGUCGCGCCCCCCCCCCCCAGCUACCCGGCUACUUUAGGGAGGCAAGACUCCGCCACCAGAGCUCAGCAGAGGUUUUCGGAAUGCAGGGUGAAAUUCUGUCUCUUCCCAGGAAAAAAUUAAACUCUUUACAGGCUCUUCUAAAAGUGAUGCCGUUUUAGUGAGAGAGAGCUCAUUCACUUCCUUUUAGCCUUGGGGCCCAGUGUCUUCAGGCUGCAAAGGAGGCAGGCCACUGGCUGUGAGCCUGGCUGGGUGAGGUCAGAGAGGGCCACCACCCCAACCUGCUCUCAGGGACUGGCUGCUGGGCCUUUGUUCAGAGAGCCACUGCAAGGGCCAAGGUUGGGCAGCAUGGCUUCUCACCUACAGAGUGUGAGCUAUGAGCAGGACUUGGGAGUGGGAAGCAGCCCUGCUUGGAGGAGCAGACCUUGGCCUUUAUUUCCCUGGGACCCGCAGAGCUACUGGGAAGGUAGAAUUUGCUCCCCUCAACUUUUGUUUAGGAGAUGGGACUCUUUUGUGAUAGCUUUUUUUGCUUUAAUACCAAAGAACUGGGUUUCCUCUGCCCUGACCAGGCCACCACACACCUGGGAGCAGCCCCCACCCUCCCUACAGGCUGCCUGUGCCCCAUGGGGUUGAAGGACUGGAUAGCCCUGGCCACAUGGGUGCAGAAUUUAGGCCAACUGACCCCUGAGGCUCCUCCCAUCCCACCCUCAGGGGGCUGAGAAAUGGAGAGAAGGAGCUGUGGCAUAGAGCACAAGCCCCAACCAUAUUCCUGAGCAUGGCUUAGUACAGGGGCCAGGGUAGCUGCCUGAAACAGUUUUCUCCUCAAGGAUGGCUCUCCUGUCUCCUCACAGACAGAAAGAUUCUCAGAGCUGUUUUCAAAGAUCCAUUUGGGCUCCUGUCCCCAGCUCAGGGCACAGAGCUUACAGGGAACCCCUCUCUGGGGAACCGUCUCUCCUGCAAAGCUGAUGUAGCCUGGAUAGUUGGGAAGACCCAUGUUUGGCUUUCUGCCUUCUACAAAGAAAGACCCAACCCCAAAACCCAGCACAUCUAUAGGAGCGGUGGCCUCUGACUCAGGUACAGCCAGAUGACUCCUCUGCCCUUGUGGGGCAGCCCUGUCCCACACCCACUGACAGGCACAGAGGACCUGUGGAGAACAGAGGCCCCUCAGGGAGCCACUCUGGAUUCCAAGGUGAUGGUGUGAGGGACAGUGCAGAACUGUCCUUUGCGGGUAUUUGUGAGACUGAUCCAGCAGAGGGUGAUGUAGUGGUUUCCUGGGAGUGGGACAGGGUGGAAGGUUUGUUCUCCAAGGUCACAGCUAUGCUGGGAAAAGGAAGAGCACAACUGGGCUGGCAGGGGUUUGGAGGCAGCAGUUCUGUAUGUAUAUGUGUGGCUGUGGGGUCUGGGAGGCCACAAGGAAGGAGGAGGCCCAGGGCUGGCAGUCCUACAGCCUUUCCUCAGUGCUGGAGCCCACAGGGUCAACAGGGUCAGCCCAAGACCUAUGUGGGGACAAGGGCAGUGUCCAGACAAGGCUCUCUCUAGGGGUAUGGUGUGUCUGGUGAUGCCUAGGAGGACUGCUUAGGCCUUGCAGCACUGUCCCCAGCAUGGCCCCUGCCCUAUGGCUGUCACAUGCAGCAGCUGAGCCUAGCAACCUAGGGGAACUGGGCAGUGGAGGAGACUGGCAUGUCUCUGGGCCACGCUGGGCACUGGCACCACAAACCUUGCACCAUUGUCACCAUGGACCCUUUAUUACUGAAGGCACAUCUACUGGCCUGUGUCCUCUUGCUGUCUCAGUCUGGUCCCUUUUCUGUCAUCUGUGAGGAUGGGGGUGAUUAGUCUCUGCAGAUAUGAGGAGGCUUGUGGGGGAAUAGGCCAAGCCAGGCCUCUACACCCCUCAUCUUACUCCCACUCUCUGUGAGCACCACAUCCAUUAGUUUGCCCAAAGUGAGACAUUUACAAAAACAAUAAAAAUAAAUUUUUAAACAUCA